AUGUCGACCAACUCAUCUGAGCGCACGGUGACCACCACCACCGCCGCAGCUCUGAUCACCACCAACCCUCUCUCAUCAGCCCACCAUUUCGUGUCGAUCAAGCUGACGGCACAGAAUUUCCUUUUUUGGCGUACGCAACUUGUGCCGUUCCUCCGUGGCCAAGGUCUACUCGGCUACGUCGAUGGAGAACAUCUGUGUCCACUGGCAGUCAUCACGGCAGCAGCUCCCUCCGACGAGUCGGCCUCCGCCGGCGUCACACCAUCUGUCACGGCGAACCCAGCCCACGGCGCUGGAAUCCAGCAAGAUCAAUCGAUCUUGUCUCUCCUCAUUUCCUCCUUAUCCGACGAGGUGAUGUACCUCGCCGUCGACCGCACAACGUCAAGGGAGGUGUGGCAGUCCAUAACGGCGGCACUGGGGUCCUCCACUCGAGCACGCUGCCUUAACCUUCUAGCCCAGUUCCAAUCCCUCCGGCAGGGGGAUAGCUCGCCGGCAGAGUACCUCGGCAGGGCGCAACUCAUUGUCGAAGACCUCUCAUUGGCCGACCGGCUAAUCUCCCUGGACGAACAGAACCUCUACGUGUUUAGGGGGCUUCGUCCGGAAUAUCGCGCAAUGGCGGCUUCACUCGCUGUUUCCAGUGAGCCCGUUACCAUCCCGCAAUUGGCGGACUUCCUCCAGGCACAGCAAUUUAUUUUUGCAGAUGAUUUCACGGCGGGUGGUUCAGCUUUCCCUAGAGAUGCGCCGACUGCCAUGGUCGCUGGGCGUGGCCGGCGCAACGCUGGAGAUGGCAGCAACAGCUGCGGACGUGGUGGUUCUGAUCGCCGCAACAACCGCGGUCGAGGCGGCAAUAACCGAGGCAGAGGCGGUUCCCCCCAAUGUCAAAUCUGUAGAUCGCAUGGGCACACCGCGAUCUACUGCUUCCCGCGAUAUGCUGGGCAACCGGCUGCGAAUGUGGCAGUGGCCGAGCUAUCCUUACCUUCGCCUGGCUUUUUAAUACUCCACCGUCAUACACGUUUCUAA